AUGGGUAAAUCCUCCAAGGACAAGCGCGAUGCUUACUACCGUCUUGCCAAGGAGCAAAACUGGCGCGCCCGUUCCGCCUUCAAACUUAUUCAGAUCGACGAGCGAUUCGACCUAUUCGAGCACGAGAACCCGGACAAUGUGACGAGAGUCGUGGAUUUGUGCGCUGCACCCGGAAGCUGGAGUCAAGUACUCAGUCGUGUCCUGAUUAAGGGCGAGAGCUUUGGACGACGGGCAUGGCUCGAGAAAAAGCGCAUAGAACAACAAGGAUUGAAAGGCGCGGGCACAUCGACUGCCGAUGAGGAUAAAAUGGACUACGACAUGCAAUCACCCAGCGCCGAACUGAAGCCAAGGAAGAACGUCAAGAUUGUCUCCAUCGAUUUGCAACCCAUGGCACCUCUCGAAGGCAUCACAACCCUCAAAGCAGAUAUCACACACCCCUCCACGAUCCCACUCCUCUUGCGCGCUCUGGACCCCGAAGCAUACGAACAGUCGUCCACCCCCUCAGACUCCCAAACACCAAUUCCAGAAGCUAUAAGGCAACCCAGCCCGGUCGACCUGGUCAUCUCCGACGGUGCGCCAGAUGUAACAGGCCUCCACGACCUCGACAUCUAUAUUCAAUCACAACUACUCUACGCAGCCCUAAAUCUUGCCAUGGGCGUUCUCCGACCGGGCGGCAAGUUCGUCGCAAAGAUUUUCCGCGGCCGCGAUGUCGACCUUCUCUACGCACAGCUGCGGACCGUCUUCGAGCGCGUGAGUGUCGCCAAGCCGCGCAGUAGUCGCGCUAGUAGUUUGGAAGCCUUCGUCGUCUGCGAAGGCUUCAUCCCACCCGUCAGCGACAGCGGCGUGGUCGGAAUGGCCGCAUUGAAGAAUCCACUCUUUGGCGGCGCAGCGGCUCCAAUCGCUGUAUCAGAAGAUGGGAAUGUGGGCGUGGAGGUCCGCGAGCAGAUCGACCAAGAUACACAAGUCCGAAACACCGUGGUCCCACCAGCGCAGACUACCGCGCAGACUAACAGCCCUGCGUCCAAUCACACUACCGAAGUCCGUCAUCUUCAGACUUCGACCUCAUCACAAGACCAGCCCCGACCACAGAAACUUGCCAACAAGUUCUCAGUUGAGAACCGCUGGAUUCCGUCUUUCAUUGCUUGCGGUGAUCUGUCUGCUUGGGAUUCUGAUGCAUCGUAUACUCUGCCUCCGGAUUAUGUUAAUCUGGACCCUAUCCAGCCACCCACUGCGCCACCUUAUCGUCGGGCAUUGGAGCUGAGGAAAGAGAAAGGUGGUGCAUAUGGAAAGACGAAGUAUGGGUCCAUUGCUCAAAUUUGA